GGGCGGGGUUAUAGUUCAGCCUGAGAGGACGAGCUGCCUGCGAGUCUUAACCCGGGACAAUUAUUCCAAGACUACUCAGGGAGAGUUUGAUAAAUUGUUCUGGGUGGCCACACGGGUACAUUGAUUCCUUUCGGUUAAUUCAAUGUGUCUUAGCUCCGCCCGCCCGCGCUGACUUGACAAGCGUAAUUAACGAACCACCGGGUGAGUGUAGACGAGCUCAUCCACGGUGUCUUCUCUCCAUGCUGAAAACGUGCAAACGUUUCUGGGCGAGGAAACCGUGGACGACCGCAGUGAACGUGGCUUUGCUGCAGCAGAUCCAGGGAGAGGAGCCUGUUUGCAUUCCAGUGCAGGUGCAAGACAAUGGAGGUGAAAAUCGAAGAGCAGGACGAAGACAACACAUUCAGCAACACUGACGCUAAUGGUAAACGCCCAGCUGAGGACAUGGACGAGGAGCAGGCCUUCAAACGUUCUCGCAAUGCAGACGAGAUGGUGGAGCUGCGUGUGCUGCUCCAGAGCAAAAAUGCCGGUGCUGUUAUUGGAAAGGGUGGCAAGAACAUAAAAGCCCUUCGCACAGACUACAAUGCCAGUGUAUCAGUCCCAGACAGCAGUGGCCCAGAGCGGAUCCUGAGUGUGAAUGCUAGCAUCGACACUAUUGGAGACAUUCUGCUGAAAAUUAUACCAACUCUAGAGGAGUACCAGCAUUACAGUGGGAUUGAUUUUGACAGUGAGCUUCGCCUGCUUAUCCAUCAGAGCUUGGCAGGGGGCAUCAUCGGGGUAAAAGGUGCCAAGAUAAAGGAGCUGAGAGAGAACACCCAGACCACCAUCAAGUUGUUCCAGGAGUGCUGUCCACACUCCACUGACAGAGUCGUCUUGGUGGGAGGAAAGCCAGAACGUGUCAUUGAAUGUAUAAAAGUUAUCCUGGAGUUGGUGUCAGAGGCACCAAUCAAAGGUCGUGCCCAGCCUUAUGACCCUAAUUUCUACGAUGAGACAUAUGACUACGGCGGUUUCACCAUGUUAUUUGAGGAAAGAGGCAGACGACCCAUUGGUGGCUUCCCCAUUCGUGUGCGUGGGGGCUUUGAGCGCAUGCCCCCUGUUCGUGGCAACAGACCAAUGCCUCCCUCCAGAAGAGAGUACGAUGACAUGAGCCCCCGUCGGGGUCCUCCACCACCGCUGAGCAGAGGUGGAAGAGGGGGCAGCCGAGCACGUAACUUGCCUCUUCCCCCGCCACCACCACCAAGAGGAGGGGGAGACAGGUUCUCACAUGGCAGUUAUCAUGGCAGCAUGGACGACCGACCUAGUGACAGAAGAGGCCGAGGAGGAGACCGUUAUGACAGCAUGAGUGGAGGCGGAUAUGACAACAAUUCUUCCUGGGAGCACUUUCAGUCUGGUGGUAGAGGCUCAUACAGUGAUAUUGGAGGCCCAGUCAUCACAACACAAGUCACCAUCCCAAAAGAUCUGGCUGGCUCCAUCAUCGGUAAGGGCGGCCAGAGGAUCAAGCAGAUCCGCCAUGAGUCUGGGGCAUCCAUCAAGAUUGAUGAACCACUAGAGGGCUCUGAGGACCGCAUCAUCACCAUCACAGGAACACAGGACCAGAUCCAGAACGCCCAAUACCUGCUGCAGAACAGUGUGAGGCAGUACUCUGGUCGGUUCUUCUAGGAGGAAAGAAGUGAAGAAGAAGAUUGAAGCCAUGCUGCCAUACUGUUUGCUCCUUCUAUUCAGAGCCUACAUUCCUCUGUUCUGGGUAGAUGUGCCCACUCCCCUCACUAACACACACUACACCAUCUAUCUAUAAAUCGCAAUUUUUUAUUUUGAGGAGUUUAUAAAAAAAUCUUAAGCUGUCAAACAGCAAACAAGGAGUCAACAACAUGUUUCUGUGCUGGUGUAAUUAUUUUUUUAGGAGAUUCUUGUGCCGUCUAUGGAGUAAACUCAUCUGUGUGAUAACUUUUGGUGUUGUGAGACGCCCCUGGCCCUUAUCUCCCUCAUUUCAGUACAGCAUGCAGAAUUUAAUCUUUUUGUAAGGAACAUCAUGUGAUUUUUAGUUGCCCCCCCCCCAAAUGUUUAAGCACACUCUUCAAAUGAAGAUGCAUGGUCUUGGAAAUGGUUAAAGAACCAUUUAAAUAAACUUUACUUUACAUUUUUACACAACAUCCUUUUCCACCUUUCAAAUUAUGCUUUUUUUGUAAGAUGGGCUUUAAUGGAGUAGUUUGACAUUUUGGGAAAUACACUUAUUCAGUUCUGGGAAAGUUAAAUAAGUUGAUUGCAAUUUCACAUUUACCAUACAGACAUAAGAGUGGUAUCAGACAGUUAGCUUAGCAUAAAGACUGGAAACGGGGGGAAAACAGAUAGUCUUGCUGCCCAAUGGCUACAUAAUCCACCUACCACCACCUCUAAAGCUCACUAAUUAACACGUUAUAUCUCGUUUGUUUAAUCCCCUACAAAAAGCGAAUUGUAGAGAACAAUUUUUUUUUUUUUUUUUUUUUUGGGGGUUGUUAUGUAAUACCUCUGAGCAGUAACUUAACUUACUGGAGUCUCCCCUGGUUGCCCAGCAACGGCUACCAGCCAAGAAAAAGUAACAGAUAACCCUCUGUAAAAUCAUGAGUUGUUGUUUUUUAUCUUCGUUUUUUUUUUUUUUACGAAAUACAAAUUAGAUGUAACGUGUUAAUUACUGAGCUUUUGAGGUACUGGAAGUGGACUUGGACGUCUUCAACACAAUCAGGCUAGCUUUUUACACAUUUCCAGUUUUUGUGCUAAGCUAACCUGCUGUUAGUAGCAACCUAGUUAACGCCUGCAUCAUAAUUAACGGACAAAUAUAAGAGUGGCAUCAAUCUUAUCUAUAGUUAUCGCAGAAAUUUAAUAAACGUAUUUUCCAAAAUGUCAUAAUUUUGCUUUAUGUUGGGAUGAAUGUGCCAGUGUGAUAUAGCAAAUAAGACAAUUUUAAGAAUUUUUGUUUUUCGUUGAAAUACAAGAAGCUGUAUAAAGUGUGUGUGUGUGUAUAUAUUUACAUAGAAACAGUAACUUCAUGAGUGUUUAAAUAGGCCCAGAAUACUUUCUACUUUCUUGGAAGGAGACGGCGCCAUAAUACAGGUUUGGUAAUCUUUUUUUCCACUUCUCUCUUUCGGUAUUUGAUUUAUUUUCCGCCACUCACCGUGAUGGACUCGCUGUAAUGCAACCUUAAUAUCUGAUCUGUUGGAUCCAUUUAUUCUUGCAUAAGUGUUUUAAAUUUUGACAGUUUGGAAGAUGCAGUUUGAUGUGAGGAGCGUACAGUUUUGUGAGUCCAUGAGUGGUGUUUUCUGUCCGGUCAUAUCUAUCUCGGUGUCUUGAUAUCUGUAGUACCUGCAGGUGUUGAGUAAAUAAAAUCUAUGUCAGUUCA